AUGGCAGACGACCAAAGUGGACAGCUGGUGAAGAAUGCCGUUGAAAUCCAAAGGAGGAUGGACUAUGGCAAUGGUCCUGGAGACCUCCCCAAGAUGGCCGACAUAGCCGUUGCUCAAAUAAAAGCGUCAGCUAUGUUCGCACAUCCAUGGCAGCAGCUCUUAGGCUCUGCUCCUGUUGCUAUCAAUUCCACGGGGUUAGCGUUCAUCGCUGCUGCCUCUGACACUGCAGCCACAAUUGAGCUUGAUCCUCCUCGGGGUGGCUUCCAGUAUCUGCAUCUACCACAGGUGAAUGAUAUAAUGAUGAUUAUCAUCAAUCCUGAUGACGCACAAAGAAUGCUCAAAGGUUCAUUGAUGAGCAUCAAAAAGAGUGCAGAUGACUGUUAUGAGCGGGCAAAAACCAUCGACAAGGGAUUCAACGACUGGAUGUUGUAUGCAACAGAAUUAUAUACCUGCUGUAUACAGAAAGAAUCCACUGCUGAGGAAAAACUUGCAGCAACCAAGAUUCAGAUGCUUGUGGCUCAGAAUAUUCUGAAGGCCGACGAGAUCAACGUUAAGACUCAGAAAGCAAACACUAAGGUAUUCCAGAAACAACUGAAGAUGGCGUCGGAUGUCUACAAGAAAGCCUCGGAUAGUUUCCCCAGUGGGUGGGAUCUCGUGGGCCAGGAGCUUGUUGGAAAACUUGGAGAUGUUCUCGUCACAGCGCUGGGCCAGCUGGCCUCCUCAUAUGCAGAAAAUAUGAAUGCCACAGCUAAAGCUGCAGAGGCGGAAAGGCUGUUCAAAGACUUUAAUGGAAAGGGAGACAAGGAUGGGAACAAGAACACCACUCUCCCGACUCCUGAACCAAAGGCAAAGGUUCCCUUACCACAAAACAGCAAUGACCCGGCUUAUGUGCGGAUCAAGCCGACUAUCGUCUUCCUGCGAGGCGUGAACACAGUCCUAACAGGGGGAAAAGACGGUGGUGUCAACUGGGAGGAGGUCUCCACUGUCACAAGCUCAGGCUCGAAGUCGCUUCUAUUCAACCUCCAGAUGCUAAAGGAUGCUCGUCAGCAGUUUGUAGGAGUUGCCACGGAGGAGGAACCAAGCGUCCAGCUCAAAGGGAUUCUCCAAACUGCUAUCCAGAUCGCAGAUGAAGUGUACAAGCUUGGCGGGAAGAGUAAAAUAGAAGAACUCCCAGGUCCAGAUGACAAGCAAGUCAAGCAAUGGCAGAGUGGCUUCAAGGAGGUAUAUGACCAGGCAAAUCAACUAUAUGCUGUUUCCCAGUCACUUCCUGGAUCAACAAGCACAGAGACAAUAAUGGCCAAUCCUGAUAAGCAAUCAGCCCCGGACCCUCAGAUGGCACAAGGCAAAGCACUUCUUGAAGCCGCCAAAGACCGAUUGCACACUACGCAGCAGGCGUAUAUCGCGUCAUCAAAGGCUUACCAGGACGCCACCAAAGCACUCGCAAAAGACCAGAAAGAUCUAGCUGAUGCUCAGAACAAUCUCCUAAAAUUGAACACUGAUGAAAAAUCACUUGUAAUCCCCCGUUUUCCCAUCCCAUCCCAUACCUAUCGUGAAAAUACUGCCGUAAAACAAAUUCUUGAGGCUUCCAUCCGUCUUAUUGCCGUUGUCAAGACCAGAGUCAUGGAUCUGGUUACCUUCUUUAAUUCUAUCAGUUUGACUAUCGAGGUCAUUGUCGACGAAGUUGUGGAAGACUUCGUCAGGCAGAUCAAAGAGAACGUGGCCAACAACGACCCUGAUGGAGAGCUGAGUGAUCUGAAGAUUGGGAAGUACAAUUUAACAGAUCUCGCUCGUACUCAUAUAUAUAAGAGCGCCAUCUUUAUGCGCGCAAACUUUGAAGUUUUCGGAGAAGUUGCCAAGAUGUGGUCAGAUUUGUCCGUCGAGAAUAUCAUGCCAGGAGUUCGACUCUUGAACGACAUCAGCGCGGGUGUGGCUGAGAAGGGAUCCAAGGAUCCAGUAGGCUCUCGGGAUGAGGUCAACAGUAAGGUGAAACAGCUUAGGGACUGGUACGCCGCUGCUCAGGGAAACAUCGAGAAACUUGCAGGUGACGAGCAACAAAAGAUUCUUUCUGGUAUGGAUGAACGCAUUCAACAGGUUGCAAAGGAUACAACGGUGCUGCCGCCUCCAGAUGACUCGACUAAGAGCGCCAUUAAUGCCGGUGCGGAAGAGGUCAGCGAUGCAGCGCACAAGGCUCUUAAAUUCAACUCGGAAAACAACCCCAUGGCUGUCUGGGUUAAGAAAACCGCCUCAGGCUAA